GUUACGAUAGUUGCAUUGAAUGAUGAGUAGUAAUCAGACCCAGUGACGGCGCUAAGACAUUCCGGCGUUGCAUUAUCAAUCUCCCCUACCUUCAACCAUCAACCAUCACCUUUAUUCAUUAUUGCGCAAUCACAAUGAGCGAAUUCCCACCGUCGAAUCUUCAGUCCCUUAUCCGGGAGGUUUUUGAAAUUCUCAAAGCGAAGCAGGAGACGAUAUCCGUUGUGGAGACGGCCGCCGGCGGACUCAUUUCAGCAAGCCUGCUUUCUGUUUCCGGGGCGUCAGCUGUCUACAAGGGUGGAUUGACUAUUAACAUGACGAUUGAGGUAUACACCCUGGAAUCUCGGAUCGCCUUUGCCGGAUGGACUCCAGCUCAUCUGGAAAACUACAAUGGCCCAACGCCCGCUAUCGUGGCCCAAAUGGCCGACCACGUUCGCCACACUCUCGGUUCCACCUAUACGGUGAGUGAGAGUGGAACAGCCGGGCCGACCGGCGGGACGACGAGGAAUCGCACUCCAGGCUACGUAGCUGUCGCAGUGUCGACUGCGCAUGGAACGUACACACGAGAAGUGGAGACGGGCAGUGACAAUCGGCAGAAGAACAUGGUUACCUUUGCUGAAGAAAGUUUGAAGUUGUUGAGGGAUAUACUUGUUGGGAAGGCAAAUCUAUAGACCACUGGGACAAUUUCCUGUCAUUUGUUCUCUUAUGAUUAACGGAAGACGGAUAGGACAGAAUAUCGUUCUUUUUUUAUCGCAUGGGACUCGCGACCCAUGGUUUGAACUCAAACCCACUUUAGGGCCUUCAUGCUGAUAACUUGAUCUUCAUGUCGAUACGUAUCUAGUUGAUCUAAUAUAAUGACAUGGAUUGACUUCAUUCUAGCGUCUUUCUGGAACAUGGAACAUGGAGCUGAGUAGGUGAUGUGUAAGCCGGGAUGCCUUAUUUCUUGAGGUCAUUAAGUUACUAUUAUAUCGUCUCACAGCUUUAUCUGGACACAGCCUUAAUGACGCAGCUGAGCACCGCCACAAUCCCCGUGACACCCCCACCAAUUGUCAUUGUUGAGU